CCAACCUAACAGCAACCUUCAAAAAAAUAAUUAAUAUGGCGCCGGCUUGCUCUUCUUGAACUUUCGCCAAUUUUUGUUAUAGUAAAAUAAUAAUCAAAUAUAAGCAGUGAAAACAGUAUUAUUUAAAUAAGUUAUUGAUAAUCAGGUUAAUAGUGAAGUAAAAUUAUCUAGCUAGCAGAAUGUACGACGAUAGACGUGGUGGUCGUGGCUCCAGUCGAGGUGGUGGGCGUGGUGGGGGCCGCGGUGGUGGCCGGGGUGGAUCUAGAGGAGGGUCCAGAUCUGAAGAUAGAGGCGGAAGCCGUUUCGGUGGCGGCCGCGGCAGAGACGGCGGUCGCGGUGGUGGCAGAGACGGCGGCCGUGGCUUCGGAGACCGAGGUGGCCGAGAUGACUUCCGCGGUGGAAAGUUUAAAAAUGAUCAGCCUGGAGGAAACCUGCGGAAAGUCCGCUGGGACGGGAUUACUCUGACGCCAUUCCAGAAGAACUUUUACGUUCCUCAUCCAAAUGUUCAGAGACGUCCACCAGCAGAAAUUGAGGCUUAUCGCAGCCAGCAUCAGAUAACAGUGAAAGGGCGCGAUGUGCCCGCGCCUAGUAUAUAUUUUGAAGAGGGCGGGUUCCCAGAUUAUGCUAUGAAGGAAAUUUUAAAGCAAGGAUUCCCAAAUCCUACUCCUAUUCAAGCCCAGGGUUGGCCUAUAGCUCUGUCUGGGCGAGACAUGGUAGGGAUUGCUCAAACAGGGUCAGGAAAAACUUUGGCCUACAUUCUGCCUGCAAUAGUUCAUAUUAUCAAUCAGCCUAGGUUGUUGAGGGAUGAAGGACCAAUUGUUCUAGUUUUGGCUCCAACCAGAGAGCUUGCUCAGCAAAUACAACAGGUGGCCAAUGAUUUUGGUCAGAGUGUGCAAGUACGUAAUACUUGCAUCUUUGGUGGAGCCCCAAAAGGGCCCCAGGGUCGGUGCUUGGAGCGUGGAGUGGAGAUUGUGAUCGCUACUCCGGGUCGGCUCAUUGACUUCUUGGAAAAAGGUACUACGAACCUCCGCCGCUGCACCUACUUAGUGUUGGAUGAGGCUGACAGGAUGUUGGACAUGGGCUUCGAGCCUCAGAUCAGGAAGAUCAUAGAGCAGAUUCGACCAGACAGACAGGUUCUCAUGUGGUCCGCAACUUGGCCCAAGGAGGUCCAGAACUUAGCUGAGGAGUUCCUGGAUGACUACAUCCAGAUCAACAUUGGCUCUCUAUCACUGUCAGCGAACCACAACAUUCUUCAAAUUGUCGAUGUUUGUGACGAGUGGGAGAAAAAUGAGAAACUCAUUACUCUGCUUAAUGAGAUCUCUUCAGAGGAGGAAACUAAAACUAUUAUAUUUGCUGAAACCAAGAGGAAGGUUGAUGAUAUUACAAAAGCUAUAAAUCGCGCGGGCUAUCGCGCUCUCGCCAUUCAUGGCGAUAAAAAUCAACAAGACAGAGAUUAUGUACUGAAUCAGUUCAGACAAAGCCAAGGCGGCAUAUUAGUCGCUACCGACGUUGCAGCUCGGGGACUUGAUGUGGAAGAUGUGAAGUUUGUAAUAAAUUAUGAUUAUCCAAAUAAUUCUGAGGAUUACGUACAUCGUAUUGGGCGUACCGGACGUUCGCAAAAAACUGGUACCGCAUAUACUCUCUUCACUCCUAAUAAUUCGGCCAAGGCAAAAGAUUUGAUGUCAGUACUGCAGGAGGCUAACCAAGUGGUAAAUCCUAAAUUGUUGGAAUUAGCACAGUGUGGAAUGGGAUUCAAAGGAAAAUAUGGUCGCGGGCGUUUCCGCGAUCGCGACGAGGAGCCCCGCGGCGGGCGCGGGCGCGGGCGCGGCUCCUCUCGCGGCGGCUCCAGGUUCGGUGCCGGGGACAGGGGCUCCUCCCGAUGGGACAAUUCGAGCAACAGCUACGGAGACAACCAGAGCUCCAGCUACAGCCGCGGCGACAGCUUCGGGAACAGGCAAGGUGGAGGCGGCGGAUACAAUAGAGAGAAUAACUUCCGACAGGACGGCGACGGCUACCGCGGGCGCGGGGCCCGCGGCGGCGCCCGCGGCGCGCGCGGCUUCCCGCCCGCGCACGCGCCGUACGCGCCGGCGCCGGCGCAGGGCUACGACCAGGCGCAGAGCUUCAACAGCCCGCCUCCCACGAGCUACUACAACAUGUACGCGCAGCCCCCGCCGCCACCCGGCAACAAAUUCGCAGCCAAAUAAAUAUAAAGAGCAUAAAUUUCAAGCCGUGAAACGGAUUUGCUAUUUAAUAGAUUCAAGUGGCAUUGGAGUCGCUCCGCUAUUUAAACUCGUAAAGAUUAUUUAGUUAAUUAUGAACUUAGUUUUGUAUUUUAAAAUCGAAGAAAUGUUUUUAUAGUGAGCUGGAUUUUGUUCUUGCUCUUGCGCCUCAAAUAGUGAUGUCCGUAUAGAAAUUUCUAUAAACCCUGUUCUUUAAAGUUCCGUAAGCCUACAUAUCCUAACAUUCCUGCAUCACUGUGACAAGGUGAAAUAUUUCAGAAUGUGCAAUUUGAAUAAUAAAAUGUGAUUAUAUA